AUGGAUUCCUCUGCCAAGAUCACAACUCCAUCAGAAAUGCAGACCAUCAACGAACCAGUCCAGCUGGCAGCUAGCCAUGAUCAGCAGCCAAGCCAAGACGGUACUCGUCUUCAGCAGGCCACCGCCCUCCAUACCACCGAGAUCACAGCCCUGAAGACGAGGGUUGCGAUCCUGGAAGCUGAGAGUUCGAGCAUGAAGGAUGCCUUGACACACAUGCAAGGCGUCCUAGCUGAUAAGGUGUCGGAGACCACCAUCCUCCAGCACAGCAUUGCGGAUCUACGACAUCGGCUAGACUCAAUUUACCUAGACACCACCACAAACAACCAGGCCGAACCUUCAAAGACCGAACAUCUUGCAAAGCAAUCAAUGCCUAUCAUCCCGAAGCUAGUCAGCCGUCAUGAGCAAACCCAGAAAGAGGACACUAAACCUCCCAAGCAACGUCAAGAGACGACGACAAAGCAGCGGAUUGCACCCGGUAUGGAAAAGUCCCGACAUGCCCAAAUCGCACCUGGUAUGGAAAAGUCUCGACAUGCCCAAGUUGCACCCGGCAUGGAAAAGGCUCGAUAUUCCCAAAUCGCACCCGGUAUGGAAAAGUCCCGCCAUGCUCAGACUGCUCCUAGCAUGGAUCAAUCUCGAAAUGCUCAGAUCGCAGCUGGCAUGGAAAAGUCUCGCCAUGCGCAGGCUACAGGGGGAUUAGCCAGCUCCCGACACGCACAUGUUGGUGGCGGUUUGGCUGCAUCACGCCAUGCGCCAAUUGCUACUGGCUUAGCCGGCUCUCGUCAUGCGCCAGGCAACAGCCAGCCAACAAUCAAUGCUCAAGGCAAUAAGCCCGACUCCCACUCGACUUCCAAACAACCUUCUCACCAUGCCAACACGACCGAGCCAGCACGCCAAGUCUCUCGCAACCAGCCCUCGCUCCCAUCUAUUCACGCUGGAAACAAGCCCGCACAUAACCCUGAACUGAAGAAGGAUUUCACCGCCUCCGGCCUUACUCACGAGUCCAAGAACGAGGCCAGUGGCAAACUUCAGGAGGGUCGCAUAAGCGUGGAGGACAAGCCCCGACCCAAGGUCCUUGUGUCGAGACAUAUGUACGGCACAGCCACACCCCUAACCACUGGCAAGAACGACACGGCGCGGUCGGGCUCCCAACAAAGCCUACACCACCAGCCUCCGGCGAGCGGAUACAGCCAUGCCGAAGCCAGGAACAAUAUGAUGGACACCGGAGCAGCACCCGGACCCAAGUCGAGGUUCUCGAUGCUGCCGCCGGCUGUUCGUGUCGCGGGCGCAGAAACUGCGAGCACAUUUCGUCGGGCACAACCUGCCCCCACCCCCACUCCUGAAUCUGAGUCGUCCUCGGAAGCUCAGGCGGAUGGUAAAAAGGAAGAGCUGGGGACUCCUAUCUCUCCUCAUGCAGUCCUAAAAAACCUGUACCAACAGGCUUCCACAACCAACUGGGCCGACGAGGUCGAAGAAGAGGAGAUGGAGAAGCAGAAGGAGCCAUCUGCAUAA